AACACUUGUUUUGGAAGGUCUUCCAGUCUGGCUAGGCACAGUCGUGUUCAUACGGGUGAUAAACCUUUUUCUUGUAGUAUAUGUGAUAAGAGUUUUUCACGUAAUACUCAUCUGGCUAGGCACAAGCUUGUUCAUACUGAUCAUUCUGCAUCCAUAAGUAUUUCCAUCAUUCAUUCAACAGAGAAACAUUCUCAAAAAUUUCAAUUCAAGUGAAAGUGUAGUAAGUGUGUUUUGCUACACACAAAUAACACAAAGUGGAAGAAUAUCUAUCUCAAUGAGCAACAACUUACUUACGCUUGAUGUUCAUGAUGAUGAAAAACCUUUUUCUUCUAAAGUAUGCACUAAGCGUUUUUGGCAGAGGCAAGAUUUGGAUGCUCACAGACAUGUUCAUACUAGUGAGAAACCUUAUUCUUGUAGUAUAUGUAAUAAGAAUUUUUCAAGUAAGGGUAAUCUGACUUCGCACAGCCGUGUUCAUACUGGUGAGAAACCUUAUUCUUGUAGUAUAUGUAAUAAGAGUUUUUCACGUCGUGAUCAUCUUAUUCGGCACGGCCGUGUUCAUACUGGUGAAAAGCCUUUUUCAUGUAGUAUAUGUAAUAAGACUUUUUCACAUAGUAAUCUGAUUAUGCACAGCCGUGUUCAUACUGGUGAGAAACCUUUUUCUUGUAGUAUAUGUAAUAAGAGUUUUUCACGUAAUACUCAUCUGACUACGCACAAGCUUGUUCAUACUGGUGAGAAACCUUAUUCUUGUAGUAUAUGUAAUAAGACUUUUUCUCAGAAUUGCCACCUUAAUGCACACAUGCGCUUUCAUACUGGGGAGAAACCUUAUUCUUGUGACUUAUGUAAUAGGAGUUUUUUACGUCGUUCUAGUCUGAUUCGGCACAACCGUGUUCAUACUGUUGAAAAGCCUUUUUCUUGUAGUAUAUGUAAUAAGACUUUUUCACAUCAUAGUGAUCUGAUUAGGCACAGCCGUGUUCAUACUGGUGAGAAACUUUUUUCUUGCAGUUUAUGUAAUAGGACUUUUUAUUAUCAUAGUGAUCUGAUUAGGCACAGCCGUGUUCAUACUGGGGAGAAACCUUUUUCUUGUAGUAUAUGUAAUAAGACUUAUUCACAUCAUGGUGAUCUGAUUAAGCACAGUCGCUCUCAUACUGGUGAGAAACCUUAUUCUUGUAGUAUAUGUAAUAAAACUUUUUCACAUCGUUAUGAUCUAAUUAAGCACAGCUAUGUUCAUACUGGGAAGAAACUUUUUUCUUGUAGUAUAUGUAAUAAGACUUUUUCACACAAACACUCUCUGACUAGGCAUAGCCAUACUCAUACUGUAGAGAAAUCUAAUUCUUAAAGUACAUGUAAUAAAAGUUUCUCUCAUAAUAGUUGGCUAAACGCAAACAUUUUCAUACAGGUGAAAAACCUCUUUUUUGUAGCUUAUGUAAUAAAUUUGUUUCACAGUACUGCCAUCGGACUGAGCAAAUAUUUAUGCAGUCCGGCACAGAUAAAAAUGUUUCUUCAGUUGGAUGGAAUAUUAAGGUCUUGAGAUGAUUUCACACGUAUAAUUUUGGACGAUUCAUCUUUUCUCAGGAAUAUUUUACCAUCACGAACCCAACAAAACUUGAAUCCCUUUUCAGAUUUAGCCUUACGUGAAAGAUAAAAUAGAUGCUUCAGUUCGGGAGUCAAAUGUUCAUUGAAGUAAACAGGCAUUUCAGUGAAUCUGGAGUUGACUUCGCAGUUGGAUGCAUUUUUCUGAAUUUCAUUGUUCUUGAAGACAACCAAAGAUAUUAGCCAAGAAUAAGUGAUCUUAAAAUUUGUUUCUACUGCCAGCCA